AUGUCUGUUACGCUGCAAACCACGCAUGGUGAUCUCAAGAUCGAGAUCUUCUGCGAAUCCGUUCCCAAGACAGCGGAGAACUUCUUGGCUCUCUGUGCGUCCGGGGCCUACGAUGGCACCCCUUUCCACCGCCUGAUCCCCGAUUUCAUGAUCCAGGGCGGCGACACAUCACAGUCGGUGCACAAAUCAACCACUGGUGAGCCUGUCGUCAAGGGUGGCACAUCCAUCUGGGGCGAGUACUUCGAAGACGAGAUUAAGAUUCCUGCGCUGCGACACUCGGGCCGUGGCAUGGUCUCGAUGGCGAACAAAGGUCCCAGAACCAACGGCAGUCAGUUCUUCAUCACCCUAAAGGAGGCAUCGCACUUGGACGGUCAGAAUACUGUUUUUGGCCGUAUCAUUGAGGGAGCGGAGGAAGGAGGUGCGCUGGAAAAGAUGGAGGCUGUCCCGGUCGAUAAGAAGUACCGACCUAAGGACGAGAAAAUUGUCGUCAACAAAGUCACGGUCCAUGCGAAUCCUUUGGCAGGGUGA